AAGAACAUGGUGCCAGAUUUACGAAUCUAGAACAGAAAGAUAAAGAAAAAACCAACCUUAUUGCUAAACUUGAGCAAAACGAUAAAGAAAAAACGGAUCUUAUAGCUAAAUUGGAAUAUGAUGUUUUAUUAAUCAAAGAACAAGACAAGAGUAUG